UAUCCCCCCAAAUUUCUUCAUCAUCAACCAUUCACUCUCAAAAAAGGAAUAUCCCUUUAAUCCAAUCACACAAAUCCCUUUGAUUCCCUUUUCCAAAUUUCCUAAAUAAAACCUCCCAAUUUCUCAAAUUUACAUUUCACCACCACUACCAUCAUCAACAUGCCAACACCAUCGCUUUCUUUAAAUUUAUCACCUCAAUCUUCAAGAAUUUCAUAUUUUAAUGCUAAUGAAACAACACCCACAAAGCCAAUUAGCUCUAAGAUUGGAUCUUUUUAUUACUUUAAACAAAAAACAAGAACACCCAAUUUGAGUUCUUCAAGAAUUUCAUGUGUUUAUGUUUUUGAAACAAAAAAGAUUCAAUCUUUUUGUUGUAUUAAACAAAAAACAAGAACCCCCAUUUUGAAUUGUGUAUCUGAAGACUUGAAAUUUGUGGAAAUUAGUAAAGAUAAUGAUGAUGAAGAAGAGGGUCCUCCUUCUCAAGUUGAAUCUGAAGUUAAUAGUAAACCAAGGCGUAUUGCUAUCUUUGUUGAGCCCUCUCCUUUUUCGUACGUUUCUGGGUACAAGAAUCGUUUCCAAAACUUCAUUAAAUAUCUACGAGAGAUGGGAGACGAGGUGAUGGUUGUAACAACUCAUGAAGGGGUGCCUAAAGAGUUCCAUGGAGCAAAGUUAGUUGGCUCACGAAGCUUUCCUCUUCCAUGGUACCAAAAUGUGCCACUUUCCCUAGCAUUGAGCCCUAGAAUAAUCAAUGAGGUUAAAAAGUUUAAGCCAGACAUCAUUCAUGCAUCAUCUCCUGGUAUUAUGGUUUUUGGGGCACUCCUUAUUGCCAAGUUGCUGUGUGUUCCUAUUGUGAUGUCCUAUCAUACACAUGUACCUGUUUACAUACCAAGAUACACAUUUAGCUGGCUCGUCAAGCCAAUGUGGUUAGUUAUAAAGUUUCUUCACAGGGCAGCUGACCUCACCUUGGUGCCAUCGGCUGCUAUUGCACAGGAUCUUCGUCAAGCAAGAGUGACAGCAGCUAACAAAAUCCGGUUAUGGAAUAAGGGCGUUGAUUCAGAAAGUUUCCAUCCAAAGUUCCGUUCUCAUGAAAUGCGAGUUAGACUAACGAAUGGUGAGCCUGACCGGCCAUUGAUAGUACAUGUUGGACGUCUAGGAGUCGAGAAGAGCUUAGAUUUCCUCAAAGGUGUCAUGGAAAAGAUCCCGGAAGCAAGGAUAGCUUUUGUUGGUGAUGGUCCACACAGGGAAGAUUUGGAAAAAUUAUUUGUAGGCAUGCCGGUGGUAUUCACAGGAAUGUUGCAAGGCGAAGAGCUAUCUCAAGCAUACGCAAGUGGUGAUGUUUUUGUAAUGCCGUCAGAAUCUGAAACCCUCGGGUUUGUUGUUUUAGAAGCAAUGUCAUCUGGGCUACCUGUGGUAGCUGCACGAGCUGGUGGUAUACCUGACAUUAUCCCUGAAGAACAGGAAGGAAAAACCGGGUACCUCUACACUCCUGGAGAUCUUGACGACUGCUUAAACAAACUGGUUCCACUUUUGCAUGAUGCCAAGUUGCGUGAAAUCAUAGGGCAGGCUGCCCGACUGGAAAUGGAAAAGUUUGGUUGGCGGGCAGCUACAAAAGUUAUACGUAACCAACAAUACAAUGCUGCAAUAUGGUUUUGGAGGAAGAAGAGAGCUCAGCUGUUGAAACCAUUGCAAUGGAUUUCAAAGAUCUUGUUACCGAUUCAGACACAUAUGAAGUUAAAGGCAGGUGAUUUGUGACCAUGAACUCGUUAACCACUAUUAAUUCUAUUAAUUAUAAUGAUUUGUACGAUAUAAACCACAAGAAUCUCCAUAGGUGGUGUUAUUGUAUCUAUUAGGCAAGUUCUGAUUAGUAUUGAAAAUAUUAGAAAUGCGUUAAUUGACUAUCCAGAAAUUUUUUUUCUUUAUAAUACCAAUAACAAACUUUUCAAGUA